AGAUGGUCGCGUUCGGCAAGAACCGCAACCCGGGCACUAUCAUGCAGGCCGGCCGCUUCCUUGCUGAGGAGCUGCCGAUCCGCCUGGCACACCGAGUCAAGGAGCUCGACGAGCUGCCAAACGGGCUCAACGAGAUGCCGAGCAUCAUCCGCGUCAAGGACUGGUACGCGCAGAGCUUCGAGGAGCUGGUCAAGUUCCCGCCGCCGCAGCUGCCCGACGCUAUCCGCGCUGAGCUGUCCGAGUCCGUGUCGCGGAAUCCGGCCUCGCUGCCAGGCUCGACACCAAAUCCGUCGCUCUCUGCCGAGGGCGCAGAGCUGGAGGAGGGCCGGGAUGCCGCCAUGAGCAGCUGGCGCAUGCGCGAGCGCGCUCGCAACAUCGCAGCUGACUCGGCUGCGUCUGAUGACGGCAAGGUGGGCGACGAUGUCGUCGCGGAGCUGGGUGGGCCAAAGGAUCGCAAGCGGCAACCGAUCGACCGGAGAUACUAUGCAAACCACGCCAACAUCAAGUCGUGGCCGCCAGAGGUGCACGACUACAACGAGUCCUUUACGCGCUGUCUCGAGACGAUCAAGAAGCGGCACGACGCCGUUGUGACGACUGUCGCCCAAGGCGUGCUCGAGUACAAGCGCGCACGGCGCGGGCAGAACAUCCAGGCCGACGUGCAGCGCUUCCUCGACCGCUUCUACAUGUCGCGCAUCGGCAUCCGCAUCCUCAUCGGCCAGCACAUUGCGCUCGCGCGCACCAACCCAGAGACGCCCGCAUCGCUCGACGGCGAGCCGCUCGGCUCGAGCGGGCGCAUCGGCGGGCAGGAGCCGGAGAAGUACGUGGGCAUCAUCUGCACCAACACCAAUGUCGGCGCCAUGGCGCACGAGGCGAUUGAGAAUGCGCGCUUCAUCUGCGAGGAGCACUACGGCCUCUUCAAGGGCCCGCCCGUGCAGCUCAUCUGCCCGCCGAACCUGACGUUCAUGUACGUGCCGAGCCAUCUCAACCACAUGAUGUUCGAGCUCCUCAAGAACUCGCUGCGCGCCGUCGUCGAGCGCUACGGCGUGGAGAACGAGGACCACUUUCCGCCGAUCAAGGUCAUCGUCGUCGAGGGCAAGGAGGACAUCACGAUCAAGAUCAGCGACGAGGGCGGCGGCAUCCCGCGCAGCGAGAUGCCGCUGGUUUGGACGUACAUGUACACCACUGCGCAGUCGGAAGACCUCGACCCCGACUUCCAGGCCUCCGACUUCAAGGCGCCCAUGGCCGGCUUCGGCUACGGCUUGCCGCUGGCGCGCCUGUACGCGCGCUACUUCGGCGGCGACCUGAAGCUGAUCUCGAUGGAGGGCUACGGCACGGAUGUGUACGUGCACCUGGCACGUCUGAGUGGAUCUGCAGAGCCCCUGCCAUGAGGCGGCUCCGAUCGCUGUGCUGCGGCCGUCAGGCCUCUGUAAUUGUACCUGUUUCCUGCCAAUGGCGCGCGAUCGGCGAGGCUCAGGCGUGCAGGCUACGCUAUGCGUCCAUUACAGAAAGUCGUCAUCGAACG